UUUCUGGUGAUUUUAUUGGUACGUUUCAAGACUUUUAAAUUCCAAACGGUUGUCACCCAGAGAAGUUUUUCAAAAUCACAUCAUUGCUUCUUGGUCACCCUGCAGUUGAAUGCGUUGACGAAAGCCGUUAUAAUUCCGGCAUCUGUUUUUGGAGGAUGAGUUCUGUUGAUGUGAAUGAUGAGAAUCGUGGGGUCUGCCCUGGAGGAAAGCAGAACAGCUCAAUUAACGACAUUUUUGCCCUGGAUCAGCCGACGGGGAGGCCCUCCAUCCUGCGCCAGACAGAGAACCUGCCCAGCAAGACUGUGCCAAAGGGGACGAAGGUUUGUUUUCAGACUCCAAGAAGAGACCCUGUGAGUAAAAGAAUUCUAUCUCCCACCAAGUCUGUCAAGAUGACGAGCGUGGACGAGUGUGCAAAGGCAAUGGAGCUCUUAAAUUUGGAUAAAACAAAUACUUUGCCAUUAGAUGCCACUGAGCAGCCUGAUGAGCCCAAACAAGAAGUGUCAUCUUAUCCUGAUGACAACAUGCCCAUACAAAGCAAGGGAGGCUAUCAGUUGGAUUUUGACAACCUUGACGCUAUCGAUCCAUUUCAGGGGUCUAAUAAGAUGGUCCUCUCUCCUGCAAGGCCUGCUGAUGAAAACCCUCCUACAGAAUCUCAACACACAAAACCAGAGAACAUCUCGGAGGAGCCCACCAAAAUAGAAUCGGCACUAGACGAGACACUUCCAUUCAUCCCGUCUGUGGAAAACUCACUGGUUGACGUCUCCGCUGACAUCAGCUCCACAGAGAGCAGUGUGGUCACAGUGGUGAAGGUCCCAGCGGCCGAGGAACAAGACUCAUGCACUGCCACACCUGACGAAAAACAACCUGCUGAAAUGUUUUUAAAUGUUGUUGAAAGCAAAGUGUCAGGCAGUUUUGUGGAAGAGGCUCCACUACCAGCGAAAGGUUCUUACAGCUUGGAUUUUGACAACCUUGAUGCAAUCAAUCCUUUCCAAACUGGUGGCCCUAAAAUUCAGAAUUCCCCGAUCCUUGGGAGAAAGGUGCCAGACAAUAACCCACCUGUCGAGAAAGCACAGAUAAAGGAAGAUAAACCCACAGAUGUUGACAUACCUGAGGUGGCUCAAGAGGUGCCUGUUCAGCCUGAGGUGAAACCCAUAGCUGCAGCGGCCCUAAUCUCAGCUAAUGCUGCCAAACCUUCAGCUGCUGAAUCUAUGUCACAGCCAGCUGAUGUUCCAGUCAACGAAGGACCAGUCAAACUUGAGUUCAGUUUUGAUAAUGGCAAUGAAGUCAGACAGAAACCGCCACCUAAGAAAUUUGGCAAAAGGCCUCCUGGUCUAAAAUCUAAAGUGGGGAAGUCGGAGUGUGACGUCAAACCACUAAAAGAAACUCCAGUGAAAUCUGCUGCCAGUGAUGUUGCUGAUGUUCCGGUUCCCAAAGCAUCUUAUUCAUUUGACUUUGACAAGUUUGACGACCCAAACUUCAAUCCCUUCGGCACAAAAACAAACAUGAACAACUCUCCAAAGUGCAGCAAGAAACCCGGCCCCGUGCUCAUGGAAACUUCCAUUCCAGAGCAAACGGACAAGCCCGUGGAGAAGGAAGCUGUAUCAUCAGCAUGCGCUGGAGAGAUUGUCCUAGCCACCGAAGCCAACCCUGGAGCGGUGAGAGAAAAUGUUGAACUUGUGGCUGCCUCUGACCAUGACAAGGGAUUUCAACUUGAAGCUGAACAAGCCCGGGAGAGUCUUCCUGAACUUUCUGAAUUGUGUCAACCUGAACAGAAGUCACAGACUGUCCUGUCAGAAUUCAAUGACGAGUUUGUUCCUGGAGCUGUGUUCAUGGCCAAUGACUUUGAUGGACAAAUCGAUUACCUUGAACAGUUUGGGUCCAGCAGUUUUAAGGACUCUGCAUGGAGGAAACAAUCCUUGUACCUUAAAUUUGACCCCCUCCUGAGAGAAAGCCCAAAGAAGUCCGCAGGCCCGGCUGCUCAGACCCACGUCCCUCGCCCCGCUGCCUUUGUUUCAAGGCUUGAAACUCCACAGUUGGCAGAAAAAGAGACUGAAAAUGGACCACUAAAGGAUGAUUUCAAACUGUUUGAUGAUGCUGCAGCACCACCUCCUCCAAUCCUUGAGAGCCUCGUCCCUCCUUUCCCCCAGCCAGCAAACGCAGAGGAUGCCAUUAUCGAAGUGCUGAAGUACAGUCAGAAAGACAUGGAUGCAGCCAUCGCCAAAGUCCAGGCAGAAGCAAAGGAAAAAGAGGAGCAAUGGAGUGCAAAAUAUAAAAAGCUACUUGAUGAUGGUCAAGAAAUGAGGAAAAUAAUUGCAGAGUAUGAGCUCAUGAUUGCAAAAAUGAUGGCUGAUCAAGAGAAGGAGAAGGAGGUGUCCCAGGCGAAGCUCAAUGAGGCCCUGCUGGAGAAGGAGCAAGUGUCCAGUGACCUGAACGCCAUGGAGAGAUCUUUCUCCGACCUUUUCAAGAGACUGGAGAAGUACAAGGAUGUUGUUGAGGGUUACAAAAAGAAUGAAGAGACACUGAAAGCUUGUGCUCAGGACUAUCUGGCACGAAUCAAAAAGGAGGAGCAGCGCUACCAGACCCUCAAAGCCCACGCUGAGGAGAAAAUUGGCCAUGCAAAUGGAGAAAUUGCUGAGGUGCGGUCCAAGUACAAGGCUGAGGUAUCUGCACUUCAAGCACAGCUGCGGCGGGAACAGCUGAAGGCGCAGUCACUGGAGAAGAGUCUGGACCAGAAGGAGAAGGAGGCUGAAGAGCUCACCAAACUUUGUGACGAACUUAUCACCAAAGUCCAGAAGGGUUGAGCUCAUUUGUAAAUACUGUACUUUAUUGUUGGUGUCCAGAUCAUUUUCUUGUGUAGUAUAUUGUUUGUCUUUAUCAAUGUUCUUAUAAUACUGUAGUACUGUAAAAAAAAAAAAAAAAAGUUAAUAAAGAAGAUUUACAAGGUCAA